AUUUUAAAAUUAAAGUAAGGAAAACAAAGCACUUUAUUGAAGGAGUUAAGGUAAUUAAAAUACAAGUUUCCUCAGACGUGAAUUAAACUGUAAAUUUUGAAAGUCACUCAGCCAGAGCAGGAAUUUGCUCGUUUUCGUCCUUUUCUGGGAUCAGAUUUCUUUCUGACUACUCGUUCAUCUGAAAGUAGCUGCGCUGCAGUAAACUGACCUCAGGUCAGUUAUCACUAAGCCCCGCCCACAGCGAGGUUAACGCUUAUUAUGGCUUCCACCUCCGGUGUCGCGCAGCCGCCAUAUUUGUACAAGAAAAAAACACAAUUAAUAACUUUUUAAAAAGAUCCUCCUCUCCCGGUAAAUACCAAACAGACCCCGACUCAACGCCGAUGACCUCCGAUUACAACAGCUACGAGGUAGCAAAGGAGAUGUCGCUGGUGGACCUGGGGAAAAGGCUGCUGGAGGCGGCUAGGAAAGGGAACGACGAUGAAGUCCGAACUCUGAUGGCCAAUGGAGCGCCGUUCACCACAGACUGGCUGGGGACGUCCCCCCUCCACCUUGCCGCUCAGCACGGCCACUACUCCACCGCAGACGUCCUGCUGAGAGCUGGCGUCAGCAGAGAUGCUCGUACCAAAGUGGACAGGACCCCGCUGCAUAUGGCAGCUGCAGAGGGACACACAGAAAUUGUGGAGCUGCUGAUCAGGAGCGGUGCAGACAUCAAUGCCAGAGACAUGCUGAAGAUGACGGCCCUUCAUUGGGCGGCGCAGCACGGAUACCAGAGCGUCUGCGAGACCCUCAUCAAACAUGGGGCUGACGUGCAUGCGCGCAGUAAAUUCGACAAGACGCCGUUUGACAUUGCGGCGGACAUCCAGAACACUGAGCUGAUGCUGCUGCUGCAGGAGAGCAUGCAGAACCAGGUAAACAUGAACCAGGUGAGCAUGAAUGUCGAGACGACCAGCACCACCAACCAGCCACAGUUCAUAAUCCAGGGGAUCCCUGCCAUCCAGGGGGGGGUGGUGAACCUGGCGGAGCUGCUCAACAAGGCAAACGCAGGAGAAUCAGAGGAGGCAAUGGCUGCCAGUGCUCUUGACUCCAAUAUCCAGCAUACCGCUGUGGUCAACGAAAGUGGCCAGAGAGUCAUCACCAUUGUGACGGACCAGCACGGCAACCUUCAGACUACAGGAGGGAUGUCCCAGCCCUUUUUUGUCACCAUGCAGCACGGGCAGCAGAUGCUUGCUGUGCCGGCCAACACGGUGACAGAGGAGGUAGUGACGGAGGAGCCUCAGCCUCCACCUUCCAGGAAGAGGAAGUUAGAGGUGACCAACAACCACAACGACACGGGAGAAACUGAGUUGCUGCAGAGACAACUGCUGGAAGCAAACAGGAAGGCUCAGGAGUAUCGCCAGCAGCUCCUCCGUAAAGAGCAGGAAGCCGAGGAGUACCGCAUGAAGCUGGAAGCCAUGGCUCAAAGUCAGGCCAACACCAGCAACGGCGGCACUGCCGUCAGCGCCGGAGCCAACGCCGCCAGUCCGGAGGAAGUGGUGGGAGGGGAGGAUGAGGAGGAGGGAGCUGCCAGCGUGGUGGAAGAGGAGGGAGAGAUGGUGGUGCUGCAGGAGGGAGGCAUCAUCAUGGAGGGGGAGGAAGGUCAGGUGACGCUUGUGGAGACGGGCGGGGAGGCGACGCAGGUCAGCUCCUAACGGAAGAGGGUUAGGAGCGGGGCGACGCAUCGUAACAGGAGGCGGCCGAUUAGACUCUGCAUUUAAUUGACAUGGAGAGGAAGGAGCUGACUCACCGCGGGGAAAUAAUGUGUUUAGAAUAUCCCCAAAUAUCCGAAACAAAGAAGCUCAGUGGAGAGUGAUGGACCAACCAGGAUGAUGUAGUUCAGCUCUGCUUAAUUUGAAAUUCCUCAAUGGCUAGAUGGUAACAGAUCAGGUAGACAUUACGGACAACUCCAGUUGACACGCCUGUUCCUUUCUUCCUGAACGUGGUCCAACAGAAAGGGAAAAGAUGCAUGAACCAUCAAGGAUCAGUACAAUAGUUUUCUCUACUUUGUCAUCUGCCGGCGAACAAUAACCUGGACGGUGAUGGGAGGAGAUGCAAGGAGACAAAGAUUUACGUUCCAUAACCAUCGCUACGACAACAUCCUGCUUCCCUGUUGGAAAUGUGACACAAAAGAAGCUUAGGCUUUUAGUUUGUCCUUUGUUACAGUUGCUUCCUCAUUCUGAUGACUUUGAAUGACUCAAUCAUACCCAUUUAUUUUAUUUUUCUACAUACAUUAUGUUUAGUAUUUGUCCGAGUUAGAUUUAUAGUCAUUUUCUCCUUGUUUUAUGGCUUCAUAACUGAUCUAGUCAGCUUAUCAGAAAAAUCUUUGCAGUAAUUGGAAACUACAGUGGUUCCUGCUUUACUGAUCCUCAUAACAGAAGCUUUCACUCACUCUGUUCUUUGGAUGCUUUCUGGUGGGAUUAUCUUUGUCAUUUAAUUGUGAACCCUACGCCCCGUCACACGACCCUUCUGGACUGGUUAAAUGGUGGGCAGCUUUCCUCACCUGCUCCAACAUAUUUAUAUUCAUGUUAACCAAGAAGGUGAAGCUGAAAUCUGUAACAACAAAUAUGAAUCAUUGUGGUUCCUUCUGGUUCAUUUCUAACUCCUUUUUUCAAUCACUCCUAUAGUCCAUAUCUGUUAUUAUAUCAAUAAUGCUCUAACUUUAAAACUAUUUCAUCUGACGGUGCCAAGAUGUCAAUUUGGUAGUUUUACAGUUAUUUUAUUAUAUGUUUAGGCAGGAAAAAACAUUUACAUACAGUUUAAAUGUUUGAAUAAACCUGAAGUUAUUAUAUCUGAAGGAAUGAUUGCAAAAUAAAUUAAAAGAAAUCUCAGUAGUAGAUCAGCAAACUAUAUUAAUGGUUUACACUUGACCUUUUAAUGCGGAUUAUUCACAAAAUGACUCUGAAACUGAGGUUGGAGGUGAAGACAGGAAAGUGAUUUAAAGCAGGAAAGGAGAAAAAUACUGAAUAUCCUCGAUCUAUUCGUCCAUUCUCCACCUUAUUGUCGAUUCAUAUGCAACUCUGCAGUUUAGUCUGUUAGUUCUCCUGGAAAUGACAAUAUAGAGCUUCUAUUGGCUUAUUUUCACCUCUACAAAGGAUUCAGUCAUUUCAAAGAGCCUUGAUGGUAGAUGAAUCAUUAACAUCUGCUGUAAUGUGGGUUCAUUUACAUUUGUUAAAGCAGUUUGCUGCUUGUCAGCAGGCAGAUCACUUUCUUGUGAUUUAUAUCAGAAUGUAAAGCAUGCUGUUAAUAACAUCUUGAACCAAUAAUUGUGGAAGCUCUAAUUUUUGGAUUAGAUGAACUGGGAAAUUUAAAUCAUUCGGCAUUUAAUCUGCUGAUCAGAGCAAAUCAAAGAACAAUUAUCCAGUUCUGAUCUCUCUCUAGAUAAAUGAUGCAUCUGUUUAAAACAUGGUCCUCGAUGUUCUCUGACUGGUUUCUGUCACAAACUGUUUAUGUCUGCACGAUGUGUUAAAAACAUGCUUGAAUUGAUGUAAUUGUGCAGAGAAAAAAGCACUGCUGACUUUUUCAGUCAAAGAUGUUUUGACGUUUUUAUGACGAGUGGAAUGUCUGAAUCUACAGAAACCAUUGAACAUGAAAUGAGGGAGCAGGUUAAAGUUUGCUGGUAGAUGAAGAAUCCCCAGAAGCCAAACACAAGCUCAUCUGGGGAGAUUCUUGUCAGAAAUGUUGGUGAACUUCACUGUGCUCACAAUGAUCACAUGGAUUCCCUCAGCUGCCCGUCACCCCCUCUUUUUCUUCUUUAACCUGAGACCAGCUGUUGUUUGUGUUACAGUUAUUUUUAUAAGCUUUGCAAAACCAACCCUUUUCUAUGUACAUAAAAAGUUGUAUUUUUUUAACUUUACCUAAUGGCUUCUCUGUGACAAUGAUGGCUGCCUGCAUUUAAAUAUAAACUUCAUGUCUUUUUGAAGAACGUCUUUGUUGUGUCUGAACUUUCAAAGCAAAUUACUCUUCAAAGCAUCCUUUAUUUAUGAGUUAACUAGUUUUUGGAGCACAGUAUAGCUCUGCAGUUUAGUGUUGGUCAUAUUUUUGUAAGUGUAUAUAUAAACAAGUACAUUUCUGAUUUCUUUUUUUA